AUUGCAGCUAGAGCAGUAAGAAGCAGUCAUAUUCCUUCUAGAACUGUCAUGAGAAGUCAUAUUCAAUCUAGAACAGUCAGGAGCAGUCUUAUUUCAUCUAGAGCAGUCAGGAGCAGUCCUAUUCUAUCUAGAACAGUCCGGAAUAGUCCUAUUCUAUCUAGAACAGUCCGGAAUAGUCCUAUUCCAUCUAGAAUGGUCAUAAGCAGUCCAAUUCCAUAUAGAGUAGUCAGGAACAGUUAGACCAUCUUGAACCAUCAGAAGCAGUCCUAUUCUAUCUAGAACUGUCAGGAGCAGUCAGACCAUCUAGAGCAGUGAGGAGCAGUCCAAUUCCAUCUAGAGCAGUCAGGAGCAGUCCUAUUCCAUAUAGAGCAGUAAGGAGCUGUCACAUUCCAUCUAGAGCAGUAAGGAGCAGUCAUAUCCCUUCUAGAACUGUCAGGAGCAGUCCUAUUCCAUCUAGAACUGUCAGGAGCAGUCCUAUUCCAUCUAGAACACUCAGGAGCAGUCCUAUUCCAUCUAGAACACUCAGGAGCAGUCCUAUUCCAUCUAGAACAGUCAGGAUUAGUCCUAUUCCAUCUAGAACAGGCAUGAGCAAUCCUCUUCUAUCUAGAAGAGUCAGGAGCAGUCCUAUUCCAUCUUGAACAGUCCAAAGCAGUCAGACCAUCAAAAGCAAUCAGGUGUUCAGAGUGGAUGGAUAUGUACUCUGCUCUAAUACCUCUACCUCCACUGUGAUUUAAAGGCCAAAUCCUUGAUUCGAAAAUCAACAAACAGACAACCCCACCACUUGGUUUGCUAUAAGCGGUGGGAUGGAGACUUAUAUUUUGGGUUAUGAUAAAGACAGGAGUACUAAACUCAUAAAACAUGGGUGUACAAUACACAUCAUAUUAAUUUAUGUCCAACAUGUCUGUAGGCCUAAAUAUCACAGAUUGCAUAUUUUACAGAAUUCCAGCUCUCCAUGUUGUAGCAGCAGGAUACUGGAUUAUUAACAUGAUUGGUUCCCCCUCCACCACACCAAUCUAUGGUCCCUCAAAAGGAACAACUCUCUCUCUCUCUCUCUCAAUUCAAUAGACUUUAUUGACAUGGCAAGUAAAAUUACUUACAUUGUCAAAGUAUAGAUAUAACAAAACUGGUUGGGACCAACAGCAAUAUACAUAAUAGUAGUAGUGGAAAUGGGAUUACCAUUAACAGCAACUCAACAACAAUAUUAAUGAGAAUAGCAAUACAAUUAAGCAAUAGUAGUCUACCAAUCUCAACAUGACUGAGAAGACACAUUACAUGCUAUGAAAGCCAAAACAAACAGGAAUAUUAUUACAUUACACUUUUCACUGGCUCCCUCAGGUUGUGGCAGGAGGACACAUAUUUGGCUGCCAAAAUUGCACAUUUUGGCUUUUCACCAAAUAAAUAUUUGAUUUUUCUUCCUCUUUUUAUAGUUUCAAAUUCCUUUGUACUGAAUGAUAAUUUUGGGAAAGAAAGAUUCUCUUAGGUCUGAGUAUUUGUCACAGUGUAAUAGGAAAUGCAGCUCUGUCUAUACCUCUCCCCGGGGGCAGAGUGAGCACAGCCUGUCCUCUCUGGGCAGCCGGUUUGCCUGUGACGGACCGGUCUCUAUAGCCAGACUGUGCUCACUGAGUCUGUACCUAGUCAGUGUUUUUCUCAGUUUUCUAUCAGUCACAGUGGUCAGAUAGUCUGCACCAUGUACUGUCUGUUUAGAGCAAAUAGCAUUGAAGUUUACUUGUGAUCGGGGGGUUCGUUGGGUGGUUAACGUAAAAUAGGGAUGAGUAGGGUGGAGGUUCGAGAGCGGGGGUGGCGUCCGGUGGGUCUGCGGGGAGAAGAGUUUCACAUAGAUGUGAUGAGCUGCUUGUGACGUGGUUCUCUCUCUCUCUCGCUCUAUCUCUUUCUCUCUCGCUAUCUCUCUAUCUCUCUCUCUCUCUCUUCUCUCUCUCUCUCUCUCCUCUCUCUCGUUCUCUCUCUUUAUGGUGUUGUUAAAGGUGAUUUGAGGGGUUUGGUGCCUACACCGGACCAAUCUAUGGUCCCUCAACAGGAACAGAAUGCUCCCCAAGGACACAUUCAUGCACAAGCAUUAUUGCUGUGGAUCUGAUAUCUAUUUUAGGAUUUCUCCAUAAUAACCAAGUCAAAUAAAAGGACAAUGAAAGGACACAUUGAAAUGCAGUGUUUAACGAAUUCAGAAAACACUUUUUAAACCAAACCCUUGAACAUGUGUCUUACAGUAAGGAUUCUGUUGUAUGUCUGAAAUAUGUUGGACUUUUAAUUUAACCAAGUCAAACUCAAUGAAUAAAAAUGACAAGUUUGAAGGAGUGAAAGACAGCACUUAAAACAAAACCGCUGAAUGUGUCUAAAGCUUUGUGUUGUGUGUCUUUCCACUCCACAGAAAGGAGAGACGGUGAAGAAAAUACGAGAAGAGGUAAGUUCUCUUGAUUAUUUACUGUACUAUCAUGGUCCUCCGUAGCUCAGAUGGUAGAGCAUGGUGCUUGCAAUUCCAGGAUUGCGGGUUUGAUUCCUGGGACCGCCCCAUUAGUAAAACAAAUGAUGGAAGUUGAUUUUGAUAAAAGCCUCUCCGAAAUGGCAUAUUUUAUGUUACAUUGUUAAACCUGACAUAGAGAUACAGUAUCUAUAGUCAUGAUGGAUACACAUAAAUACUUUACAUUUAGAUCUAUAGCUUAAACAUUUAGAUCUAUACCUCUAUAUAUACCUCCACGUCUCAGUGUCUUGGUUUCUACAGUCAGGGUGUGAUGGAUACACAUAAAUACUUUACAUUUAGAUCUAUAGCUUUUAACAUUUAGAUAAUACCCUAUCAUAUUAUAUACCCUCACGUUUCAGCGUCUUGGUUUCUACAGUCAGGGUGUGAUGGAUCCACAUAAAUAUUUUAUUUUCAUCUAGAUCUAGAAACCAAACACAUCUCUUCCUACGCUCCUAUAUCUAUCUAUAUAAUGUACCUCGGCAUCUUUGCUGACAGGAAAGGCUUGGGAAGAGGAAGCAUAAAUAUUUGAAUGAAUAUUUUAGUCUCAAGGGCAACCGAUACACACACAGCACAAACCCAUUCACUCAAACAAAAUAAGAGACACGGUAUUGCAAAGCUAUAAAGGUAUAGUGAAAUGGAAAGACACUGAGAAACAUGGAAGAAAGUGUAAUGGGUGACUGAAAAAUGAAAGAAAAAGAAAAAAAGUAUAGAAAGUGUAAUGGUGACUGAAACAUAGAAGAGUGUAAAUGGGGUGACUGAAACAUUAAAAGAAAGUGUAAGGGUACUGAAACAUAAAGAAAAUUGUAAUGGGUGACUGAACUUAAAGGAAAGGGAAUGGUGAAUGAAACAUGAAAGAAAUGAAGGGUGACUGAAGGAAACAUGGAAGAAGUGUAAUGGGGUGACUAAAAAUGGAAUAAAGUGUAAUGGUUGACGGAAAACAUGAAGAAGUGUAAUGGGUAUGAACUGAAAAAUGGAAGAAGACAAGUGUAAUGGGGGCGGAAACAUUGAAGAAAGGUGCAUGGAUGGACUGAAACAUUAAAGAAAGUGUAAUGGGUGACUGAAACAUUAAAGAAAAUGUAAUGGGUGACUGAAACAUUAAAGAAAGUGUAAUGGUGGACUGCUGAAACAUGGAAAAAAUGUAAAUGGGUGACUAAAAACAUGGAAGAGAAAAGAAAGUGUAAUGGGUUGACGAAACAUAAAGAGAAAGGCAAUGGAUAACGAAACAUGGAAGGAAAGUGUAAUGGGUGGACGAAAACAUGGAUAAAUAAAGUUAAUGGGUGACGGAAACAUGAAGAAAAGAAAAGUGUAAUGGGUGACUGAAACAUUAAAGAAAGGGCAAUGGGAUGAUGAAACUGGAAGAAGUGUCAUGGUGACUGAAACAUGGAAUAAUAAAAGUGUAAUGGGUGACGGAAACAUUGAGAAAGUGUAAUGGGUGACUGAAAAACAUGGAAGAAAGUAGAAUGGGUGUCUGAAAAUUUAAAGGAAAGUGUCGUGGGUGACUGAAACAUUAAAGAAAGCGUAGGGGGGACGAAACCAUUAAAGAAUGUAAGGGGUGAAUGAAGAAUGGAAAGAAAUGUAAUGGGUGACUGAAACAUGGAGGAAAGUGUAAGGGUGACUGAAACAUGGAAGAAAGUUGUAAUGGGUGACGGAAACAUGGAGGAAAGUGUAAUGGGUGAUGAAACUGGAGGAGGAAAGGUAAUGGGUGACUGUGAAAACUGGAGGAAGGAAAGUUACUGGGUGUGACUGAAACAUGGAGGAAAGUGUACAGGGUGACUGAAACAUGGAGGAAAGGAAAGGUAUAAUGGGUGACUGAACAUGAGAGGAAAAGAAGGGUCAUGGGUUUGACCUAAAAUGGAGGAAGGAAAGUGUUGUAAUGGGUGACUGAAACAUGGAGGAAAGUGUAGGGUGACUGAAACAUGGAGGAGGAAAGGGUAAUGGGUGACUGAAACAUGGAAAGAAGUGUAAUGGGUGACUGAAAACAUGGGGGAAAAAAGUGUAAUGGGUGACGAAACAUGGAGGAAAGUGUAAUGGUGACUGAAACAUGAAGGAAAGUGUAAUGGGUGACUGAACUGAAAGGGGAAAGUGUAAUGGGUGACUGAAAAUGGAGGAAAGUGUAAGGGUGACUGAAACAUGGAGGAAAGGUAAUGGGUGACUGAACAUGGGAAGAAAUGUAAGGGUAAACUGAAACAUGGAAGAAAGUGUAAUGGGUGACUGAAACAUGGAGAAAGUGUAAUGGGUGACUGAAACAUGGAAGAAAGUGUAAUGGGUGACUGAAACAUGGAAGAAAGUGUAAUGGGUGACUGAAACAUGGAGGAAAGUGUAAUGGGUGACUGAAACAUGGAGGAAAAUGUAAUGGGUGACUGAAACGUUGAUAAGUAGGCUAUACAGAGUGUACAGAAGUCCUUUUAACUGACUCUGCCUAUCAGGUUGGGUUUUAUAAGAACUAUGAAGGUACAGGUAACAAAAGGCUAAGAGCCAAAGGGGUUUUUGGCAGUGAAGAAAAUCAUGUGCCACCAGCACACGACCAUGCACUACACACAAGGAACCUUUUUUUUUAUUAGGCAAAGGUAUUUGAAGCUGUGGUUCACACGCACGUCCACAGAAAUCGUCAUUCAUCAGUGUGUAGCCAACAAGGGGUCACAAAGGGGUUAUCUCUGAUAUCAAACUGACGGAUAUAGAGAACAGUUAAAGAUAGCUGUGUGUGUGUGUGUGUGUGUGUGUGUGUGUGCGUGCGUGUGUGCGUGCACAUGAAAGACAGAGAGAGAGAGAGGAGAGAGAGAGCGAGAGAGAGAGAGUGAGAGUGAGAGAGAGCGAGAGAGAGCAUGUGAGUGCUUCACUGCUGAUACCAACAUCUUCUUCAGCAGAUUUCAGACUCCUUUAUUGCAAUAAAAGUAGAAUGCAUUAUGAUGUCGCUCUCUCUCAAUUCAAUAUAAUUCAAAGGGCUUUAUUGCCAUGGGAAACAUAUGUUUACAUUGCCAAAGCAAGUGAAGUAGAUAGUAAACCAAAGUGAAAUAAACUAUAACAAAUGUACAGUAAAUAUUACACUCACAAAAGUUCUAAAGGAAUAGACAUUUCAAAUGUCAUAUUAUGUCUGUAUAGAGUGUUGUAACGAUGUGCAAAUAGUUAAAGUACAAAAGGGAAAACAUAAAUAUGGGUUGUAUUUACAAUGGUGUUUGUUCUUCACUGGUUGCCCUUUUCUUGUGGCAACAGGUCACAAAUCUUGCUGCUGUGAUGGCACACUGUGGUAUUUCACCCAAUAGGAUUUGUUUUGGAAUUCUUUGUGGGAUCGUGUAAUCUGAGGGAAAUAUGUGUCUCUAAUAUGGUCAUACAUUUGGCAGGAGGUUAGGAAGUGCAGUUCAGUUUCCACCUCAUUUUGUGGGCAGUGAUAGCCUGUUUUCUAUUGAGAGCCAGGUCUGCCUACGGCGGCCUCUUUCAAUAGCAAGGCUAUGCUCACUGAGUCUGUACAUAGUCAAAGCUUUCCUUAAUUUGGGGUCAGUCACAGUGGUCAGGUAUUCUGCCACUGUGUACUCUCUGUUCAGGGCCAAAUAGCAUUCCAGUUUGCUGUUUUAGUGGGUAAAUUCAUUCCAAUGUGUCAAGUAAUUCUCUUUUUGUUUUCUCAUGAUUUGGUUUGGUCUAAUUGUGUUGCUGUCCUGGGGCUCUGUGGGGUCGGUUUGUCUUUGUGAACAAAGCCCCAGGACCAGCUUGCUUAGAGGACUCUUCUCCAGGUUCAUCUCUCUGUAGGUGAUGGCUUUAUUAUGAAAGGUUUGGGAAUCGCUUCCUUUUAGGUGGUUGUAGAAUUUAACGGUCUCUUUUCUGGAUUUUGAUCAUUAGCGGGUUUCGGCCUAAUUCUGCUCUGCAUGCAUUAUUUGGUGUUUUACGAUGUUUGUCCCAUUUUGUGAAUUCUUGGUUGGUGAGCAGACCCCAGACCUCACAGCCAUGAAGGGCAUUUGGUUCUAUAACAUUCAAGUAUUUUUUGCCAGAUCCUAAUUGGGAUGUCAAAUUGUAUGUUCCUUUUGAUGGUGCAGAAGGCCCUUCUUGCCUUGUCUCUCAGAUCGUUCACAGCUUUGUGGAAGUUACCUGUGGUGCUGAUGUUUAGGCCGAGGUAGGUAUCGUUUUUUGUGUGCUCUAGGGCAACGGUGUCUAGAUGGAAUUUGUAUUUGUGGUCCUGACAACUGGAUCUUUUUUGGAACACCAUUAUUUUUGUCUUACUGAGAAUUACCAUCAGGGCCCAGGUCUGACAGAAUCUGUGCAGAAGAUCUAGGUGCUGCUGUAGGCCCACCCUGGUUGGGGAAAGAAGCACCAGAUCAUCAGCAAACAGUAGACAUUUUACUUCAAAUUGUAAUAAAGCUGUGAUAAAGUAAAUCUUUCUCCAUGAUGGGGAUAAAUACAGUAAUAAAGCUGUGAUGAAGUUAAUCUGUCUCCAUGAUGGGGAUAAUACAGUAAUAAAGCUGUGAUGAAGUUAAUCUGUCUCCAUGAUGGGGGAUAAAAUACAGUAAUAAAACUGUGUGUAGUGAAUCUGUCUCCAUGAUGGGGAUAAUUACAGUUAAUAAUGCUGUGAUGAAAUUAAUCUGUCUCCAUGAUGGGGAUAAUUACAGUAAUAAAGCUGUGAUUAAGUAAAUAUGUCUCCAUUAUAGGGAUAAUUACAAUAAUAAAGCUAUGAUUAAGUUAAUCUUUCUCCAUGAAGGGGUAAUUACAGGCAUAAAGAUGUGAUGAAGUUAAUACUUCUCCAUGAUGGGGAUAAUUACAGUAAUAAAGCUGUGAUAAGGUAAUCUGUCUCCAUGAUGGGGAUAAUUACAGUAAUAAAGCUGUGAUGAAGUUAAUCUGUCUCCAUGAUGGGGAUAAUUACAGUAAUAAAGCUGUGAUGAAGUUAAUCUGACUCCAUGAUGGGGAUAAUUACAGUAAUGAAGCAGUGAUGAAGUUAAUCUUACUCCAUGAUAGGGAUAUUACAGUAAUAUAGCUGUGAUGAAGUUAAUCUUUCUCCAUGAUGGGGAUAAUUACAGUAAUAAAGCUGUGAUGAAGUUAAUCUUUCUCCAUGAUGGGGAUAAUUACAGUAAUAAAGCUGUGAUGAAGUUAAUCUGUCUCCAUGAUGGGGAUAAUUACAGUAAUAAAGCUGUGAUGAAGCUUAUCGUCUCCAUGAUGGGGGAUAAUACAGUAAUAAAGCUGUGAUGAAGUUAUCUGUCUUCAUGAUGGGGAUAAUUCAGUACAUAAAGCUGUGAUGAAGUUAAUCUGUCUCAUGAUGGGGAAAAAUUACAGUAAUUGAAGAGCUGUGAUGAAGUUAUCUGUCUCCAUGAUGGGGAUAAUUGCAGUAAUAAAGCUGUGAUUAAGUUAAUCUGUCUCCAUGAUGGGGAUAAUUACAGAAAUAACGCUGUGAUUAAGUUAAUCUGUCUCCAUGAUGGGGAUAAUUACAGUAAUAAAGAUCUGAUGAAGUUAAUCUGUCUCCAUGAUGGGGAUAAUUACAGUAAUAAAGAUCUGAUGAAGUUAAUACUUCUCCAUGAUGGGGAUAAUUACAGUAAUAAAGCUGUGAUAAGGUAAAUCUGUCUCCAUGAUGGGGAUAAUUACAGUAAUAAAGCUGUGAUGAAAUUAAUCUUACACCAUGAUGGGGAUAAUUACAGUAAUAAAGCUGUGAUGAAGUUAAUACUUUUCCAUGAUGGGGAUAAUUACAGUAAUAAAAGAUGUGAUGAAGUUAAUACUUCUCCAUGAUGGGGAUAAUUACAGUAAUAAAGCUGUGAUUAAGUUAAUCUGUCUCCAUGAUGGGGAUAAUUACAGUAAUAAAACUGUGACGAAGUUAAUCUGUCUCCAAUGAUGGGGAUAAUUACAGUAAUAAAGCUGUGAUGAAGUUAAUCUGUCUCCAUGAUGGGGAUAAUUACAGUAAUAAAGCUGUGAUGAAGUUAAUCUGUCUCCAUGAUGGGGAUAAUUACAGUAAUAAAAACUGUGACGAAGUUAAUCUGUCUCCAUGAUGGGGAUAAAUUACAGUAAUAGAGCUGUGAUGAAGUUAAUCUGUCUCCAUGAUGGGGAUAAUUACAGUAAUAAAGCUGUGAUGAAGUUAAUCUGUCUCCAUGAUGGGGAUAAUUACAGUAAUAAAACUGUGACGAAGUUAAUCUGUCUCCAUGAUGGGGAUAAUUACAGUAAUAUAGCUGUGAUGAAGUUAAUCUGUCUCCAUGAUGGGGAUAAUUACAGUAAUAAAGCUGUGAUGAAGUUAAUCUGUCUCCAUGAUAGGAAGAAUCAUAGCAGGGAGUCUUUCAGAUUGGCCAGAGCCUGAGUGAGAUCACACACACGCACAGACACACACGCACAAGCACACAAACAGACAGUCACACACACACAGAAAAAACACACGCACACGCACAGACAGACGCACACACCGGGAGAAACAGACAGGAGCUAGGAGCCCUGCAGUACAAUGAAUCACACACACACAAGAGAGACACACACAGAGCCGAUAACACACGCACACAGACAGACACCACACGUGAAUCAGAAACACAUUUGACACACACACACUCAGCCGAAAAAUGCACACAGACACACACCUGCACCUGAAUCAGACACACAUACAUCUUUAACCAUCUUCAGUGAGUCCUCAGAUGAGCUUGUUGCUGUGGGGAGGGAGGAUAUAAAAACGCCGAUCAUUACAGCCUUCCUGUUCUCCCUCCAUUCUCCCCUUUCUCGUCGUCUGUUUCUUCUGUUUGCUCUCUCGGUAUCUCGUCUCUAGUUCACUCGUUUGUUAUAUCUAUGUUUCUCUCUGUUUUCCCUCUACGUUCUCCUAUUUCUAGGUCUUGCUCUUUCUUGUUCUCCCUCUGUUCUCCAACUUCUUUUCUGUUCUCAUUCUGUUCUCCCUCUUUUUCCCUUUCCUUAUGUUCUCUCUUUUUCUCUCUCUGUUCUCCCUCCAUUCUCCCCCUUUCCUUUCUCUGUGUCUCUCUCUGGUUCUCUCGUCCCUGUUAUCUCCUCUGUUUCUCUCUGUUUCUCUCGUUCUACUUUACAUCUUCUUGUUCUCUGCUCUCAUCUCCUGUUUCCCCUUUUCUUUGUUCUCUCUCUGUUCUCCCUCUGUUCUCCCCUUUCUCUCUUUGUUCUCUCUCUGUUCUCUCUCUGUUCUCCCUCCAUUCUCCCCCUUUCUUUCUCUGUUCUCUCUCUGUUCUCCCUCCGUUCUCCCCCUUUCUCUCUCUGUUCUCUCUCUGUUCUCCCUCCAUUCUCCCCCUUUCUCUCUCCAUUCUCCCCCUUUCUCUUUCUGUUCUCCCUCCGCUCUCCCCCUUUCUCUUCCUGUUCUUUCUCCGUUCUCCCCCUUUCUCCUGCUGUUCUCCCUCCAUUCUCCCCCUUUCUCCUUCCUGUUCUCCCAUUCAAUUAAGAUACACGCUCACACACACAGCAUUUUCCCCAUGCAUAUUUCAGUAUUGAAGGCCUGUUCCUGUUUGCAUAUUUCAGUAUUGAAGGCAUGUUCCUGUUUGCAUAUUUCAGUAUUGAAGGCCUGUUCCUGUUUGCAUAUUUCAGUAUUGAAGGCCUGUUCCUGUUUGCAUAUUUCAGUAUUGAAGGCCCGUUCCUGUUUGCAUAUUUCAGUAUUGAAGGCCUGUUCCUGUUUGCAUAUUUCAGUUCUUGGUCUUAUUGAGACUGUGAGAAAAAACACAGAAGAGGGAGGUUGUUCCACUAAAGUGCGUGUGUAUGUGUGUGCGUGUAGGUUGUUCCACUAAAGUGCGUGUGUAUGUGUGUGUGUGUAGGUUGUUCCACUAAAGUGCGUGUGUAUGUGUGUGUGUGUAGGUUGUUCCACUAAAGUGCGUGUGUAUGUGUGUGUGUGUAGGUUGUUCCACUAAAGUGCGUGUGUGUGCGUGUGUGUGUAGGUUGUUCCACUAAAGUGCGUGUGUAUGUGUGUGUGUGUAGGUUGUUCCACUAAAGUGCGUUGGUGUAUGUGUGUGUGUGUAGGUGUUCCACUAAAGUGCGUGUGUAUGUGUCGUGUGUGUGUAGGUUGUUCCACUAAAGUGCGUGUGUAUGUGUGUGUGUGUAGGUUGUUCCACUAAAGUGCGUGUGUAUGUGUGUGUGUGUAGGUUGUUCCACUAAAGUGCGUGUGUAUGUGUGUGUGUGUAGGUUGUUCCACUGAAAGACAUGAGGAUGUUCACCACACAACAUGGCUGCUCUUUGAAGAAGUGGUUCAGCUCUCAGCUGAGCAUAAAGCUGGGAUAGCAUGUGUCCCCCCCACCCCCUGCUCUCUACUGCACAGCUCACUCAGAACUCACACACACAUACACGCUUGACCACACACGGACAUCCACACACGUGCAGAGCAGUGCAGCAGAAUGAAUGUUGUCUUCUGUUCUCUUCUCCUCCUCCCCCCCCCCCCCUCUAUCCAUCCAUCCCUCCAUCCCUCUAUCUCUCCAUCACAGAGCAGCGCCCGCAUCAACAUCUCAGAGGGCUCGUGUCCAGAGAGGAUCAUCACCAUAACAGGACCUACAGACUGUGUCUUCAGAGCCUUCACUAUGAUCACACUCAAACUGGAAGAGGUCUGUCUGUCUCUCUGUCUGUCUCUCUAUCUCUUUCUGUCUGUCCCUCUGGCUCUCUGUCUGUCUCUCUCUCUGUCUGUCUCUCUGUCUGUCUGUCUCUCUGUCUGUCUCUCUGUCUCUUUCUGUCUCUCUCUCUCUCUCUGUCUGUCUCUCUUCUCUCCUCCUCUCUCCUCUCUCUCUCUCCUCUCUCUCUCUCUCUCUCUCUCCUCUCUCUCUAUUGAAGGCAUGUCUGUCCCUCUGUCUCUCUGUCUGUCUCUCUCUCUGUCUGUCUCUCUGUCUGUCUCUCUGUCUCUCUGUCAGUAUCUUCAGAGCCUUCACAAUGAUCAGCAAUCAAACAGGAAAAGGCCAGACAAGAAGCUCUCCCUCUCUUUCUAUAUUUUGUAUUUGUCUAUUUGUUAGGGACCAUGUACAACAUGUCAUUGCAACAGAUUCAGCUAAAUAGUUCAUUUUCAUCUGUAAUCCCUGUAUAUAUAUUUCUAAUACAGUACAGCAGUGGUUUUCAAAUCCCACCUCGGGGACCUACAGACAUUUCACCAUUUUGUUGUGGCCCUAGCUCACCUGAUUCACCUAAUCAAGGGCUUGAUGAUUAGUUGAGAUUCAGGUUAGUUGACAUUCAGGUAAGUUGACAUUCAAGUAGGUUGACAUUCAGGUUAGUUGACAUUCAGGUUAGUUGACAUUCAGGUUAGUUGACAUUCAGGUUAGUUGACAUUCAGGUUAAUUGACAUUCAGGUUAGUUGACAUUCAGGUGUGCUAGCUGUGGAAUAGAGGAGAAGUUUGCAGUACAGUACUCUCAUACACACACAGAACAGUUUAAUGAAUUCAAAGGUUUGUUGUGUUACAGCACAUAUCAAACCUUUGAAUGAUUUGUGAGGAUGUUGCUGCUAGGUCUUUUCAAUAGACCUUGAUCAGUGAGCUGACUGAGUUAAGUGUAACCUACAUUUCUUUAAAAUAGCAACAUGCUGUUAGCGUGGUAUUCAUUAAACAUCUGGUAGGGAUUCUCUCUCUCUCUCUCUCUCUCUCUCUCUCUCUCUCUCUCUCUCCUCUCUCUCUCUCUCUCUCAAUUCAAUUUCAAUUUCAAUUUAAGGGCUUUAUUGGCAUGGGAAACGUGUGUUAACAUUGCCAAGCAAGUGAAGUAGAUAGUAAACAAAAGUGAAAUAAACAAUAAAUAUUAACAGUAAACAUUACACUCAGAAGUUUCAAAAGAAUAAAGACAUUUCAAAUGUCAUAUUAUGUAUAUAUACAGUGUUGUAACAAUGUGCAAAUAGUUAAAGUACAAAUGGGAAAAUAAAUAAACAUAAAUAUGGGUUGUAUUUAUAAUGGUGUUUGUUCUUCACUGGUUGCCCUUUUCUUGUGGCAACAGGUCACAAAUCUUGCAGCUGUGAUGGCACACUGUGGUUUUUCACCCAGUAGAUAAGGGAGUUUAUCAAAAUUGGGUUUGUUUUCGAAUUCUUUGUGGAUCGCUGUAAUCUGAGGGAAAUAUGUGUCUCUAAUAUGGUCAUACAUUUGGCAGGAGGUUAGGAAGUGCAGCUCAGUUUCCACUUCAUUUUGUGGGCAGUGUGCACAUAGCCUGUCUUCUCUUGAGAGCCAGGUCUGCCUACGGCGGCCUUUCUCAAUAGCAAGGCUAUGCUCACUGAGUCUGUACAUAGUCAAAGCUUUCCUUAAGUUUGGGUCAGUCACAGUGGUCAAGUAUUCUGCCACUGUGUACUCUCUGUUUAGGGCCAAAUAGCAUUCUAGUUUGCUCUGUUUUUUUGUUUGUUCUUUCCAAUGUGUCAAGUAAUUCUCUUUUUGUUUUCUCAUGAUUUGGUUGGGUCUAGUUGUGUUGUUGUUGUUGUUGUCUCUCUCUCUUUCUCUCUCUCUCUCUGUCUCACAAAUACUAGUAGACAUCUUGUAGGAAUCUCCUCUCACUGUUAACUCCUCUCAUCCCUUCACAGUGAAGACAGAGUUGUCAUAGUAACCCUAGGGGUGGCCUGGAGCACUGCUCUAGCCCAGGUGUGUGAUGUAGAACACGUUACUGUGAUGUAGGUUGUAGGUGAAGAGCACACUAUAUUGAUGUAGAACAUGUUACUGUGGUGAAGAGCACACUAUAUUGAUGUAGAACAUGUUACUGUGAUGAAGAGCACGCUAUAGUGAUGUAGAACAUGUUACUGUGAUGAAGAGCAUGUUAUAGUGUGAUUUAGAACACGUUACUGUGAUGAAGAGCACACUAUAGUGAUGUAGAACAUGUUACUGUGAUAAAGAGCACACUAUAGUGAUGUAGAACACGUUACUGUGAUAAAGAGCACACUAUAGUGAUGUAGAACACGUUACUGUGAUGAAGAGCCCACUAUAGUGAUGUAGAACACGUUACUGUGAUGAAGAGCACGCUAUAGUGAUGUAGAACACCUUACUGUGAUGAAGAGCACACUAUAGUGAUGUAGAACACGUUACUGUGAUGAAGAGCACACUAUAGUGAUGUAGAACACGUUACUGUGAUGAAGAGCACACUAUAGUGAUGUAGAACACGUUACUGUGAUGAAGAGCACGCUAUAGUGAUGUAGAACACCUUACUGUGAUGAAGAGCGAAGAAGAGCCAGCACCAACUAAGCUACCCAAACAUGAAUCUUCCUCUGAAGACAUAAAAAGCUCUUUGCAUCUACUUUUACAAAAAGAUAUGGCUGCUCAUUCAUUCUAAACAACCAAUUAAUAUACUACCUUUGCGAGAGAAAUGCCCAACCCCUUGAUAAUUUAUACUCGUAAUUGUAUUUGGAGAGAACAUUGCAUUACACGUUGGGAGAGUAGGCCUAAGUAAAGGAACCAUAAUAGUGGUUCAGUUCAUGUAGCCUCUAGGCUGACGUGAUGGCCAGGCUAUUUACAUUUCAAAUGCUACCAGAGUCCUGCUAGGGCUAAUUAAUUGGUGCAAUGUUGGGGCCUUGAUUUUGGAUGGUAUUUAUUACCUAAAUUAAGGAGAGAGUCUGAGUGAGUGUGAGAGUGUGAGUGUGAAAGUGAGUGUGAGAGUGUGAAAGUGAGUGUGAGUGUGAGAUUAAGUUUGAGAGUGAGUGUGAGAGUAAGUGUGAGUAGGAGUGAGCGUGAGAGUGAGAGUGAGUCGGAGAGUGAGAGAGAGUGUGAGUGUGUGAGUGAGAGUUGGUGUGAGAGUGAGAGUGAGUGACAGUGAGAGAGAUAGUGAGAGAGUAAGUGUGAGUAGGAGUGAGCGUGAGAGUGAGAGUGAGUCAGAGAGUGAGAGAGAGCGUGAGUGUGUGAGUGAGAGUUGGUGUGAGAGUGAGAGUGAGUGACGGUGAGAGUGAGUGAGAGAGUGAGAGUAAGAGUACGAAGAGAAGAGAGAAAAGGUCUGUCUGUGUGAGAGUCACUAUUUUUAGCUAAUGGACAUAAAGCCUUGGUCCUCUAUAAGUCCUCUACUACUUAGUAGAAGCUAGGAGCAGGGCUGGCUAUUAUAAGGGAUAACGAGCUGGGUUCAAUCAGUACAGAUCAAAGUUGCUUAUCUUAUGUAAGACAAUGCUGAGACUUGGAAACUUGGGUUCAAGAAAAUCUCAAGACCCUGGUCAGACAGAUUAUAGCCUGAGUUUUCCUGGCCAGGUCACAGGGCUCUGGUUAGACAUAGAGGCUAUAGCCUCUGAGUUUUCCUGGCCAGGUCACAGGGCUCUGAUCAGACAUAGAGGCUAUAGCCUGAGUUUUCCUGGCCAGGUCACAGGGCUCUGAUCAGACAUAGAGGCUAUAGCCUGAGUUUUCCUGGCCAGGUCACAGGGCUCUGAUCAGACAUAGAGGCUAUAGCCUGAGUUUUCCUGGCCAGGUCACAGGGCUCUGGUUAGACAUAGAUGUUAUAGCCUGAGUUUUCCUGGCCAGGUCACAGGGCUCUGAUCGGACAUAGAGGCUAUAGCCUGAGUUUUCCUGGCCAGGUCACAGGGCUCUGAUCAGACAUAGAGGCUAUAGCCUGAGUUUUCCUGGCCAGGUCACAGGGCCUUAGCCAAGAGAGUCACAAUCUAAAUCUAAAGGAACAUAAAGUAGAGGGAGAGACAUAAUGUUGUUUCUAAAGGUGAAUAGAUCUGAACAACAGGGUAAAUAUUGUCUGUCCCUGACUGGAUCGUUGACGUGUAAACUCUGAGAAGGCUAUAUUGAUUAGAUGUUUGUGUAGGAGGUUUGUGUACAGGGAUGGUGAUUGCAUCACCUACAUUACCAGUCACUCCUCAUCUUGCCCAACGUUCAGCGUUUAACCACCUUGUUUUUUAAAAAAUCAUCCCUAGUGGUGUAGCUACAGAGAGCAGGCAUACAACACCACUUCUUGACUGUAUGAUGUUAACGUAUAGUGUACUGCAACUUUUAGUUAGUGUUCAGUAAUGAAUGUUUUAGCUUGUUUUCUGUUGGUCAACUGUUGUUUUAUUGAUGACUGAAACUUUAAUAAUGUAAAUCUAAACAAAUCAUGUUUGUUUUCUCCAGGACCUCACAACUCUGGUAGCCAAUGGCACGGUCACCAGCAAGCCCCCCGUCACCCUUCGAUUGGUCAUUCCUGCCAGCCAAUGCGGCUCUCUCAUCGGGAAGGGCGGCUCCAAGAUCAAGGAGAUCAGAGAGGUGAGUGUGGCUCUGUUUCACUUGCUUAAACAUCUGUCCUCUCCUCCUCUCCUGUCUUUCAUCUGUCCUCUCCUCCUCUCCUUUCUAAACAUCUGUCCUCUCCUCCUCUCCUUUCUAAACAUCUGUCCUCUCCUCCUCUCCUGUCUAAAGUCUGUCCUCUCUUCCUCUCCUUUCUAAACAUCUGUCCUCCUCCUCCUCUCCUUUCUAAACAUCUGUCCUCUCCUCCUCUCCUGUCCUUUCAUCUGUCCUCUCCUCCUCUCCUUUCUAAACAUCUGUCCUCUCCUCCUCUCCUUUCUAAACAUCUGUCCUCUCCUCCUCUCCUGUCUUUCAUCUGUCCUCUCCUCCUUUCCUUUCUAAACAUCUGUCCUCUCCUCCUCCUUUCUAAACAUCUGUCCUCUCCUCCUCUCCUUUCUUUCAUCUGUCCUCUCUUCCUCUCCUUUCUAAACAUCUGUCCUCUCCUCCUCUCCUGUCUUUCAUCUAUCCUCUCCUCCUCUCCUUUCUAAACAUCUGUCCUCUCCUCUUCCUUUAAACAUCUGUCUCUCUCUCCUCUCCUUCUAAACAUCUGUCCUCUCUCCUUCCUUUCUAAACAUCUGUCCUCUCCUCCUCUCCUUUCUAAACAUCUGCCCUCUCCUCCUCUCCUUUCUAAACAUAUGUCCUCUCUUCCUCUCCUGUCUUUCAUCUGUCCUCUCCUCCUCUCCUUUCUAAACAUCUGUCCUCUCUCCCGUCCGUCUUCAUCUGUCCUCUCCUCCUCUCCUUUCUAAACAUCUGUCCUCUCUUCCUCUCCUUUCUAAACAUCUGUCCUCUCCUCCUCUCCUUUCUAAACAUCUGUCCUCUCCUCCUCUCCUUUCUAAACAUCUGUCCUCUCUUCCUCUCCUUUCUAAACAUCUGUCCUCUCCUCCUCUCCUGUCUUUCAUCUGUCCUCUCCUCCUCUCCUUUCUAAACAUCUGUCCUCUCCUCUCUCCUUUCUAAAUUCAUUCUGUCCUCAUCUUCUUCUCUCCUUUCUAACAUCAUGCUUCCUCUCCUCUCCUACCCUUUCUAAACAUCUGUCCCUCUCCUCCUCUCCUUCUAAACAUCUGUCCCUCUCUCCUCUCCUUUCUAAACAUAUGUCCUCUCUUCCUCUCCUGUCUUUCAUCUGUCCUCUCCUCCUCUCCUUUCUAAACAUAUGUCCUCUCCUCCUCUCCCGUCUUUCAUCUGUCCUCUCCUCCUCUCCUUUCUAAACAUCUGUCCUCUCUCUCCUCCUCCUCCUUCUAAACAGCGUCUCCCUCCUCGCCUUUCUAAACACCUCUCCUCCUCUCCUUCUAACAUCGCUCCUCUCCUGCCUCCUCCCCUUCUAAACAGCUGUCCUCUCCUCCUCACCAUUUCUAAACAUCCUCCCUCCCUCUCUCCCUUUCUAAACAUCUCUCUCCUCCUCUCCUUUCUAAACAUCUCUCCCCUCCUCUCCUUUCUAAACAUCUGUCAUCUCCUCCUCUCCUUUCUAAACAUCUGUCCUCUCCUCCUCUCCUUUCUAAACAUCUAUCCUCUCCUCCUCUCCUGUCUUUCAUCUGCCUCUGAAACCAAUAUGGUGGAAGCUUGCUGGAACUGAUCUUUCAGAUCAGUGUAAUGAAGUACAUGAGGUGGGUAGAGAGAGCCAGAGGCUGCUUGGAGUCCCAUUUAUAUUAUAGCCUUUAUUAUGCAUUUGUGCUGAAUAUCAACAAAAUGACCAGUGAUCAAUCAUCAACUGUAUUUUAUAAAGCCUUUUUAGCAGUUUUCACAAAGUGCUUUACAGAUACCCAGCCAAAACCCACAAAGAGCAAGCAAUGCAGAGGCAGAAGCACAGUUGCUAGAAAAAACUAGAAGGCAGGAGCCUAGGAAGAAACCUACAGAGGAAUCAGGCUCAGAUAGGGGUGGCUAGACCUCUUCUGACUCUUUCACAUCAUUUUUCCCAUUGUCAUCUUGAACAGACCACCGGGGCACAAGUACAGGUAGCAGGAGACCUCCUUCCCAACUCCACUGAGAGAGGUGUGACGAUAUCCGGGACCCAAGACGCCAUCAUCCAGUGUGUCAAGCUCAUCUGCACUGUCAUUCUCGAGGUGGUGUACACUUCCUCAUCGCCCUGACCCCUGACCCCUGACCCCUUUACUACUUGUGAACUUUUAUUGAAAAAUAGACCACAGGGUUGUUUAUUUGUAGCUUACAGAUCACUAGAUUCCCCAAAGGAUCCGGAUAUUACCAGCCACAGACACGGAGGAACCAGACAGAUCAAUGUAUCAUUAUUGAUUUAAGCAAACGUAUGAAAUUAUCAGUAUCAAAGGAUUUAUGCACAUAAUGAACAAACAAUAAAGAUAAACUUAAUACUGAUUAAUUGAUUAAGCCUGUAAUCAAUACUCUGUCAGAUUAACUGUCAGAUCUCCAGUAGUGCAUUUCAAAUAUUUCCAUUUGAAAAGAAAUACAGUCAAUCAAUGUUUCGAGGUAAAGUGAUAGAAUCAGUCAUGCAAUUUCAAAAAUCGAAACCCUCUUAUCUGUCUUGAGAACUAGCCUACCGCAGCGAGGAGACUACUUACAAGGAUAAGCCUGAAUGCCAAAACAGAAUAAUCUAGGGAUUUAGCAACUCAUUGUUAUUCCAGGCACCUUAAUCUCUGCUGGAGAAAACACUGACCCUAUCCAAGCAUGUGCUUUCAUGUAAUUGUGGAAUCAAAGCGUUUCAAAGAUAAAUCUACUUUGUCUUUGUACUGUUUUGUUUCGUCCUUAUCUAGUCACCUCAAAGAGAGCUACUGUUUUUUUGUCCCCAGACCUGGAUUCAAAUACUAUUUGAAAUAAUUUCAAACACUGUUUCACCAACUGGUAAUCCAGGCAGACUAAAGCAAAUGUUCAAAGAAUUUAAAAGAUUUCAAAUAAUAUUUGAACCCAUGUCUGUUGGUCCCAACCUUCUGCAAAGUAUCUGUCCUAAGGCUAUACAACCAUAUUUUAUUGUGCUGCGAUGUUUAACAAAAAGCUAUCUUGUGCUGUUUUGUUUGUCCCUCUGUAUCUAGUCACCUCCCAAGGGGGCCACUGUUCCAUAUCGACCCAGCCCCUCCCCAGGAACAGUCAUGAUCUCCGGGAACCAGGUGAGAAUCACACAAUACAACAACACAACAACACAACAACACAACAACACAAAAACACAACACAACAACAACACAACACAACAACACAAUUCAACAACACAACAACAAAACACAGUACAACAAAACAACACAACACAAUACAACAACAUAACACAACAACACAACACAAUACAACAACAUAACACAACACAACAACACAACACACAACACAACACAACACAACACAACACAACAACACAAAACAACACAACACAACACAACACAACAACACAAAACAACACAAAAACAAUACAACAUAACACCACAACAACACAAUACAACACGACAUAACACAACAACACAUAACAAAAAUAACUACCCUGUGUAAUCAAGAGAAAGAAAAGUAAAUUCCGCCAACAAGGCCACAUCAUUUCAUUACAGGUGGACUAUGCACCAUCAGUGUUUAUGAUACAAAUAGUAAUAACUGGGGGCACAAAACAUUGAAACUUGGGGAGGCAGUACUUGAAAUUACCCAAUAUGAACACUUGUCAGUUCCAAUGCAUUUCCAGUUUCACAACAACACAACACAGUACAACACAACACAAAACAACACAACAGUCAUGAAGUCCGGGAACCAGGUGAGAAUCAAACCCCACCCACUCGGUACAGACGUCAGUUCAACGUCUAGUUUGGAUUUAAAUUUGAUUGAGUUAAUAAUAAAUAAUAAUAUAAUAUGCCAUUUAGCAGACGCUUUUAUCCAAAGCGACUUACAGUCAUGCGUGCAUACAUUUUUUUUUUGUGUAUGGGUGGUCCCGGGGAUCGAACCCACUACCUUGGCGUUACAAGCGCCGUGCUCUACCAGCUGAGCUACUAACGCAAAACCAAAGUGAAAUCAACAAAAAUGUGAACAUGUCAUUGGAUUGUGGUUAAAAGUUUUGUGAAAAAAGACAACAAUUCUCUAAAUUCCUUUAAGUUGAUGACUUUUUGUGAAUCUAAUCAGUUUUCCACGUCAUCAGAAGGAAAAACAGGAUUGUGUUUGUUGAAAUUAGGUGGAAACAAUGUUGAUUCAACCAGUUUGGUGCCCAGUGGACAAGAUCACAGAAAUAUAACCUAUUACUUUCUGUAUUUCUUCUAUGGGUACUUUCAAGAUGGCUGCUGUGGUGGUGGUGAUCUAACCCUGCUGUGGUGGUGGUGGUGAUCUAACCCUGCUGUGGUGGUGGUGAUCUAACCCUGCUGGGUGGUGGUGGUGAUCUAACCCUGCUGUGGUGGUGGUGAUCUAACCCUGCUGUGGUGGUGGUUAUCUAACCCUGCUGUGGUGGUGGUGAUCUAACCCUGCUGUGGUGGUGGUGGUGAUCGAACCCUGCUGUGGUGGUGGUGGUGAUCUAACCCUGCUGUGUGAUCUACCCUGCUGUGGUGUGGUGAUCUAACCCUGCUGUGGUGGUGGUGAUCUAACCCUGCUGUGGUGGUGGUGGUGAUCUAACCCUGCUGUGGUGGUGGUGAUCUAACCCUGCUGUGGUGGUGGUGGUGAUCUAACCCUGCUGUGGUGGUGGUGGUGAUCUAACCCUGCUGUGGUGGUGGUGAUCUAACCCUGCUGUGGUGGUGGUGGUGAUCUAACCCUGCUGUGGGUGGUGGUGGUGAUCUAACCCUGCUGUGGUGGUGGUGGUGAUCUAACCCUGCUGUGGUGGUGGUGGUGAUCUAACCCUGCUGUGGUGGUGGUGGUGAUCUAACCCUGCUGUGGUGGUGGUGGUGAUCUAACCCUGCUGUGGUGGUGGUGGUGAUCUAACCCUGCUGUGGUGGUGGUGGGACAAACCCUCUUGGUGGGGGUGAUCAACCCUCUGGGGUUUGGGGGGUGGUGCUAACCCUGCUUGGUGGUUGGUGACCCAAAACCCCCGGGGCUUGGUGGUGGUUGGAAAACCCGCUGGGGUGGGGGGGGGUGGUGUUCAACCCUGCUGGGGUGGUGGUGGUGGGGGGGGGGAUAAAAACCUGCUGUGGGGUGGUGAUCAACCCGGGGGGGGAAAACCCGGGUGUGGUGGGGUGACAACCCUCUUUUGGUGGUGGGGGGGAUCAAACCCGCGUGGGGGUGGGAUCAAACCCCUCUGUGGGGGGUUAAAACCCGCGUGGUGGGGGUGAUCAAACCCCUGCUGUGGUGGUGGUGGUGAUCAAAACCCCUUUUAAAUUAUUGUGGGGUGAUAUGACACUUCUGAAAGUGCCUUGCCUUGCCGCUUUUUUUAUACAUUUGUUUUUCUGGGGGGUGUGUCCUGACCCCUGUUUUUCCUUUCCUGUCUGAAGGUGUUCGAGGCGUCUAGUGGGGUCACCCCCCUUUUCCCAAUUUGGCCCAGGGGGGGGCUGGUCUAAAACAAAAGUAGGCACUGUGGACGGCGUGAUCUUUUUUAAUAUAGCACCACUACCACAGUGUGUUACACUUUUGUGUCCCUAAAAUCCUUUAAAAACCCUUACCUGGUACCAGUCAUUCAUCAUUUGGGACCGGAUGGGAAUACAGAUCGGGGAAGGAAGAGAAAGAAAAAAGGGAAGCCAGGGAAAGUGAUGGUUUUUUGGUUUUCGGGCUCCACCCCCCCCCAUCCAAACGGCAGACAUCGGUGAACAAAGGGAGGGGGAACAGACACAGAAAACCAACACCCCACAUUAACAGGCCCCUUCCCUUUUUGUUUUCCCAAAGCCCAUUUUUGUCUUUUGGCGCUUUUUGGCCUUACAAUGGGGGAUAAACGGGGAAGGGCAUUAAAGAAGAGUAGGGAGAAGAGAUGGGAAAGAGGAUAGGGAAAGAUGGGGGAAGGGGAGAUGGGAAAGAAAAAGAAAAGGGUGGGAGAAGGAAAAAGGGAAAACCCCAUGGGAAGAGGGGAGGGGGGGUGAGAAAAAAGAGAGAGAGGAGGGGAGAGAAGAAAACAGAGAGGGAAAGGUGGCAGAGGAGGGGCGACUUGGGGAAGAGGAGGGAAGGUAAAGAUUAGGGGAAAAGGGGUUUCGGGGAAAUUUUUUUUAAAACCACUUUUGGUUCGAAAACGUUUAACCUUUUUAUAAUUUUUAGACAUCAAAAGCAACAACAGAAAAAAAAAAAAAGGGGGAAAAAAAAAAAGGGAGAAAUAAAGAAAAAAAAAAAAAAAAAAAAAGGAAAAAAAAAAACAAAAAAAAAAAAAAAAAGAAAAAAAAAAGAGAAAUAAAAAAAAAAAAUAUUUAAAAAUAAAAAAAAAAAAAUAGAAAAAGAAAAAUAGAAAAAAAAGGGUAGAGAGCAAGAAAGAUAUGGGAAAAAAAUAGAUAAGAAGAGAAAAAGAGGGGAGAUAGAUAAAGGAGAGAAAAAGAUAAAUAAAAAUAUAUUUUAAAAAUAGAAAAAAAAAAACAUUAGAUAAAAAGAGAAAGAGAAAAGGAAAGAAAAAUAUAAAAAAAAGAAAAAAAUUUUUUAAAAAAGAUAAAAAAAAUAAAAAAAACCAAGCCUUUUUUAAAAAAAAAUAAAAAAUAAAAUUUAAAUUUUUUUAUAUUUUUUCUUUAAAAAAUUCUUGUUAAUGAAAUAUUUUUUUUAUAAUUUUUUUUCCUUUUUUUUAUUUUAGCUUUUUUUUUUAAACAAUAAAAACAAAAAAGAAAACUCAUCAAUUUUAUAAAUAAAAGAAAUUUAAUUAAAUUUAUGGGAGAGAAAAGAGAAAAAAAAGGGGGGAAAAAAGAGAAAAUUAGGGAGCAAACUAAGAAAAAUAGAGGGAGCUUAUGAAAUAAAGGGGGGAUAAAACAAGGGAAGGAUAAGAAAAAAACCAGUUUUUAAAAACAAAAAAAACCCUUUUUUUAAAAUCAGGGCUUUUUUUUUCCUCUCCCCUUUUUUAAACCCAAAUUUUCAUCUCUUUUUCCCCCGCAUAUCUCCAAAAUUUUUUUUUUUCGGGUUUUUCCCCCUUUUAAACUCUAAAUUUUUUACAGUUUUUACUCUCUUUUUAAUCCCCACUCUCUCUCUCCUUUUUUUUCCUCGGGCGAUCCUUUUUCCUUUUUCUCUCUCUUCCUCGGCCUUCUCCUCUCUCUCCUCUUUUAAAAAUUUCUCUCUCUCCACUUCCUCCCCCUCCCCUUUUUUAAAAAAAUAUAGAAAUUAAUUUAUAAUUUUUUUACAAGAAAACGCCCCAAAAAAUAACCCCCUAAAAUUUUUAAUUUUUAAAACAAAAAACCCAAAAAAAAUUUUAACAAAAACCUUUUCCCCCUUCAUAAAUUUUUUUUCCCUUUAAUUUUUAAAAAAACCGGGCCCUUGUAUUUUUUAUUUAUAUUUAUUUUAAUUUUUUUUUCUUUUUUUUACUUAUAUCUCUUCCCCUUUUUCUUUCCAAUUUAAACCAAAAACCAAAAAACCCCCAAAACCCAUCCCAUUUCCCUUAAAAUUAUUAAAAUUUAAUAACCCCCAAAAAAAAGGGGGGGUUUUUUUAGGGCCCCCCCCAAAAAAAUUUAAACCCCAAAAAACCCCUCCCCCCCCCCCCCCCCGCCCUCCCCCCCCCCCCGGGGGGCCCCCCCCGGGAGGGGGGGGGAAACAAACCAGCCCCCCUUUCCCCACCAUUCCCCCUUUUCCCCCAAAACCCCCUCCCCCCCAUUCCCACAAAAACGGCAAAAAAAAAAAGCCUUAAAGUAAAAGCAACACUUUAAUAAGCCUUUAUAACCCACCAGGUAACCCCUUUAACACACCCACCACACACCCAAACCACACUCCUCCAAUUCCCCAAGUCCCCCCCCCACCUUUAAAAAACCUCCUGCGUUAAAAACUAACAGCCCAACUUCUAAAAACCUUUCCUAUUAGUUAAACAAAAACCCACUUCAUCAACUCCAUGUUCCUUUACUAGCUUAAACAGCAAACCACUUCAUCACCCAUGUUCCUUUUAAGCAAAAACCCCGAAAACCCAACUUCACAAUUUCCAUUUUUCCUUUAUCUUAAAAGCAAACCCUUCAAAAACCCUGUUCCUUUAUAGCUUAAACAGCAAACCACUUUCACCAAAACUCCAUGUUCCUUUUAAUUUAAAAACCAAACCACUCAUCAACCCCAUUUCCUUUACAUUUAAAAACCCAAAAACCCCUUUUUUUCAUCAACUCCAUUUCCUUUACAGUUUAAAAACAGCAAACCACUUCAAAACCUCCAUGUUCCUUACUAGUUAAAAAAACCAAAAACCACUUCAUCAACCCAUGUUCCUUUCUGCUAAAAGAAAAACCCCACUUCUCAACUCAUUUUCCCUUCCAAGGGAAAAUUUAGAGUGUCAGACGAUCGACUCUUGUUUCUGCUGCGCACGGGGCUAAAAUCCUAAACAGUCUUAUAUAAGGUUGCCAGUGGGAACAACAUGCAUGCCCACAAACACACACGCAGGCGGGCGCGCGCGCACACACACACACACACAUACACACACACACACAUACACACACAUACACACACACACACACACACACACACAUACAUACACACACACAACACACACACAUACACACGCAUACACGCACACACACACACACACAUACACUCACUCACACACACACACAAACACACACACACAUACACACACAUACACGCACACACACACACACACACACACACACACACACACACACCACACACACACACAUACACACACGCACUCACUCACACACACACACACACACAGACACACAGUUUCUCUCUCCCUCAGCAGAAUGUCUCACUACCAAUUGAACCAACCACUCGUUGUCUUUGAUGCUGAGAGUAGAAUUGCAGUGUUAUUUCUAAACUUCAUUCAGAGAGUCUCCCUUGAAAAACAGUCAGUUUAAACUCAAUGGCAUGACCUGGUGAAAUAACACUUUAAAAAGAGUCAGCUUAAACUCAAUGGCAUUACAUGGUAAAAUAACACUGUAAAAACAGUCAGUUUAAACUCAAUGGCAUUACCUGGUAAAAUAACACUUUGAAAACAGUUAGUUUAAACUCAAUGGCAUUACCUGGUAAAAUAACACUUUCAAGAAACAGCCUUGAUAGAGAGACUGUUAUCAACUUUUCACUUAAUUGUUUUAAUUUUUUUUCUUCCUUGCAGACGUACGCUGUACAGAACCAAUAUGGCAUUCCACAUUCAGAGGUAUGUACGCUAAUCACGCUGUGACCUAUGCUGAAAUGAGUAAGUCAAGGUUAGUUCUGAUCAUGACUUUGCUGUGUGUUCUUUUUUCUGUUUUCACCCAAAUCUAUCUAUCUAUCUAUCUAUCUAUCUAUCUGUCUGUCUGUCUGUCUGUCUGUCUGUCUGUCUGUCUGUCUGUCUGUCUGUCUGUCUGUCUGUCUGUCUGUCUGUCUGUCUGUCUGUCUGUCUGUCUGUCUGUCUGUCUGUCUGUCUGUCUGUCUGUCUGUCUGUCUGUCUGUCUGCCUGCCUCCUGCCUGCCUGCCUGCCUGCCUGCCUGCCUGCCUGCCUGCCUGCCUGCCUGCCUGUCUGUCGUCCGUCCGUCCGUCUGUCUGUCUAUCUCUGUCAAUCUAUAUGCUUUUCCACCUGUCUGUCUUUCUCUCUCUCUCUCCACUUAUCCUCUCAUCUGUCUGCCUCUCUCCCUGCCCCGCCUGUCUGUCUGUCUGUCUGUCUACCCCCUGUGUUUCAGUUGGCCAAGCUUCACCAGUUGUCUAUGCAGCAGCAAGGCCUGGCCGCCCAGAUGAGCCAACAGCAGGCCAACUCUGUCAUGCCUGGUACGUACUGUACCUCGUACACCCCUGGGGGUGGUGGCUAUUCAGGGGACUACUUCCUGAAGGAGAGCUGCUGGGGCCUGAGUGGGGAGAGGUGCUGA